GCUGGGAGUCCGAGGUGGCUCGGGGGCUGCACUGAACCGAGAUCUCAGUCCUGCCGUGCACCUGAGCCACAUGGACCGCCUGUGCGGCUCCGGUUCCAAGUUCUGGGACUCGAACCUCUCUGUGUAUACCAAUACUCCGGACCUCACACCCUGUUUCCAGAACUCCCUGCUGGCCUGGACUCCCUGCAUCUAUCUGUGGGCUGUCUUGCCCUGCUACCUUUUCUACCUUCGGCGCCAACAGCAUGGCUACAUCGUCCUCACCCACUUGUCCAGGCUCAAGACGGCCCUAGGUGUUCUGCUGUGGUGUGUCUCAUGGGUGGACCUCUUCUACUCCUUCCAUGGCCUGAUCUACGGCUCAGCCCCUGCUCCUGUCUACUUUGUCACACCCUUGGUGGUGGGAAUCACGAUGCUGCUGGCCACAUUGCUGAUCCAGUAUGAGCGGCUUCGUGGGGUGCAGUCUUCAGGGGUGCUCAUUAUCUUCUGGCUGCUGUGUGUGAUCUGUGCCAUCAUCCCCUUCCGUUCCAAGAUCCUCUCUGCCAUAGCGCAGGGCAAGAUCUCAGAUCCCUUCCGCUUCACUACUUUCUACAUGUACUUCGCACUGGUGCUCUGUUCCCUCAUCCUGUCCUGCUUCAAGGAGAAGCUGCCUUUGUUCUCUCCAAAGAAUGUCGACCCUAAUCCUUGCCCAGAAGCCAGUGCUGGCUUUCUCUCCCGCCUGACUUUCUGGUGGUUCACAAAGCUGGCCAUCCUUGGCUACCGACGUCCCCUGGAGGAGCAGGACCUCUGGACUCUGGGUGAGGAGGACUGCUCUCACAAGUUGGUCCAGCGGCUACUGGAAGAAUGGCAAAAGCAGCAGAAGCAAACAUCAGGGCCCCAGGCUGCAGCAUUUGAGCAAAAGACCUCAGGAGAGGAUGAAGUCCUACUGAGGGCCAGACCCAAGUCCCAGAAGCCUUCCUUUCUGUGGGCUUUGGUGAGAACCUUCACUUCCAGCUUGCUCCUGGGUGCCUGCUUCAAGCUGAUCGAGGACCUGCUCUCCUUCAUCAACCCGCAGCUACUCAGCAUACUCAUCAGGUUUGUUUCUGACCCCAUGGCUCCCACCUGGUGGGGCUUCCUGCUGGCCGGGCUGAUGUUUGUGAGCUCCAUGAUGCAGACACUGAUUUUACACCAGUAUUAUCACUGCAACUUUUUGAUGGCCUUGAGACUGCGGACUGCGAUCAUAGGUGUCAUCUACAGGAAGGCUCUGGUCAUCACCAACUCAGUCAAACGUGAAUCCACUGUGGGAGAAAUGGUCAACCUCAUGUCAGUGGAUGCUCAGCGCUUCAUGGAUGUUUCCCCCUUCAUCAACCUCCUGUGGUCAGCACCCUUGCAGGUCGUCUUGGCUAUCUACUUCCUCUGGCAGAUACUGGGUCCAUCAGCCCUGGCUGGAGUGGCUGUCAUAGUCUCGCUGAUACCACUCAAUGGAGCUGUGUCCAUGAAGAUGCGGACCUACCAGGUACAGCAAAUGAAGUUCAAGGACUCUCGCAUCAAACUGAUGAAUGAGAUCCUGAAUGGCAUCAAAGUGCUGAAGCUGUAUGCUUGGGAGCCCAGCUUCUUGGAGCAGGUUGAGAGCAUCAGGAUGGAUGAGCUCCAGCUGCUACGCAAGGGUGCCUACCUGCAGGCUAUUUCCACCUUCAUCUGGGUCUGCACCCCUUUUCUGGUGACCGUGAUCACCCUUGGAGUGUAUGUGAUCGUGGAUGAGAACAAUGUGCUGGAUGCCGAGAAGGCCUUUGUGUCCUUGUCUUUGUUCAACAUCUUAAAGAUCCCCCUCAAUAUGCUGCCUCAGUUAAUCAGUGGCCUAACCCAGGCCAGUGUGUCUCUGAAACGGAUCCAGGAUUUCCUGAACCAAGAUGAACUUGACCCCCAGUGUGUGGAAAGAAAGACUAUCUCCCCAGGCUAUGCCAUCACUGUGCACAAUGGCACCUUCACGUGGAUCCAUGACCUGCCGCCUACCCUGCACAGCCUAAACUUUCAAAUUCCGAAGGGGGCACUGGUGGCUGUGGUGGGGCCUGUGGGCUGUGGGAAGUCUUCCCUGGUGUCUGCCUUACUGGGAGAGAUGGAGAAGCUGGAAGGCACAGUGUGUGUGAAGGGGUCCGUGGCCUAUGUACCCCAGCAGGCGUGGAUCCAGAACUGCACACUUCAGGAAAAUGUGCUAUUUGGUCAACCCAUGAAUCCCAAGCGCUACCAACAGGCUCUGGAGACCUGUGCCCUGAUGACUGACCUGGAUGUACUUCCUGGUGGGGACCAGACAGAGAUUGGAGAGAAGGGCAUUAACCUCUCCGGAGGCCAGCGACAACGGGUGAGUUUGGCCCGAGCUGUUUAUAGCAAUGCCAACAUUUUUUUGCUGGAUGACCCGCUGUCAGCUGUGGACUCUCAUGUGGCUAAACAUAUUUUUGACCAAGUGAUUGGACCAGAAGGUGUGCUGGCAGGCAAGACUCGGGUGCUGGUAACCCAUGGCAUCAGCUUCCUGUCCCAGACGGACUUUAUCAUCGUGCUUGCUGAUGGACAGGUGUCUGAGAUGGGCCACUACUCUGCCCUCCUGCAACAUAAUGGCUGCUUUGCCAACUUCCUCCGAAACUAUGCACUAGAUGAAGACCAGGAGGACCUUGAAGCCUUUCAAGAUGCAGACGAGGAGGUGUUGUUGUUUGAAGACACACUCAGCACCCACACAGACCUGACAGACAAUGAGCCGUCCAUGUAUGAGGUCCGCAAGCAGUUCAUGAGACAGAUGAGUAGCAUGUCUUCAGAAGGGGAAAACCAGAACCGGCCUGUGUCCAAGAGACACAUGAAUCCAUCAGAGAAGAAGAUGCAGGUGACAAAGGCAAAGGAGGCUGGUGCACUAAUCAAAGACGAGACAGUAGAGACAAGCAAUGUGAAGAUGAGCGUGUUCUGGGAUUAUGCCAAGUCUGUGGGACUCCACACCACGAUAGCUAUCUGCCUCCUGUAUGCUGGCCAAAGUGCGGCUUCCAUCGGAGCCAAUAUAUGGCUCAGCGCCUGGGCCAAUGAUACAGUGGUAGAUGGCCGGCAGAACAACACCUCCCAAAGGCUAGGUGUCUAUGCUACCCUAGGAAUACUACAAGGGAUCCUGGUGAUGCUAUCAGCCUUCACCAUGGUGGUUGGCAGUGUCCAGGCUGCCCGCCUGCUGCACUCAGCUCUGUUGCACAACAAGAUUCGUUCGCCACAGUCCUUCUUUGACACAACACCCUCAGGCCGCAUCCUCAACCGUUUCUCAAAGGACAUAUACGUCAUCGAUGAGGUUCUGGCCCCCACCAUCCUCAUGCUGUUCAAUUCCUUCUUCACAUCCAUCUCCACCCUUGUGGUCAUCGUGGCCAGCACACCGAUCUUCAUUGUGGUUGUCUUGCCUCUGGCUGUGCUCUAUGGCUUUGUGCAGCGCUUCUAUGUGGCCACAUCCCGGCAGCUGAAGCGGCUGGAAUCCAUCAGCCGUUCACCCAUCUUCUCCCACUUUUCGGAGACAGUAACAGGCACCAGUGUCAUCCGGGCCUAUGGCCGACUUGAAGACUUCAAGGUCCUUAGUGAUAAGAAUGUGGACAACAACCAGAAGAGCUCCUACCCGUACAUUGCCUCCAACCGAUGGCUGGGUGUCCAUGUGGAGUUCGUGGGGAACUGCGUGGUGCUCUUUGCUGCACUGUUUGCGGUGAUCGAGAAAAACAGCUUGAAUCCAGGGAUCGUGGGUCUUUCUGUGUCCUAUGCCCUGCAGAUAACCUUGGGUUUGAACUGGAUGAUACGAAUGAUGUCAGACUUGGAAUCUAAUAUCAUAGCCGUGGAGAGAGUCAAGGAAUACUCCAAGACUGAGACUGAGGCCCCCUGGGUGGUGGAGGGCUCCCGUGCUCCGGAAGGCUGGCCCACUCGUGGAGCAGUGGAGUUCCGGAACUAUUCAGUGAGGUACCGCCCAGGCCUUGAGUUAGUGCUGAAGAACCUGACUCUGCAUGUGCAGGGUGGAGAGAAGGUUGGCAUUGUGGGCCGCACUGGGGCAGGCAAGUCUUCCAUGACACUCUGCCUAUUCCGAAUCCUGGAGGCUGCGGAGGGUGAGAUCUACAUUGAUGGGCUCAAUGUGGCGCACAUUGGCCUCCAUGACCUGCGUUCUCAGCUCACCAUCAUCCCUCAGGACCCCGUCCUGUUCUCGGGGACCCUGCGCAUGAACCUGGACCCCUUUGGCCGAUAUUCAGAGGAGGACAUCUGGAGGGCCCUGGAGCUGUCCCACCUGCACACCUUUGUGAGCAGUCAGCCAGCAGGCCUGGACUUCCUGUGCUCGGAGGGCGGGGAAAAUCUCAGUGUUGGCCAGAGGCAGCUGGUGUGCCUGGCCCGAGCCCUGCUCCGCAAGAGCCGAGUCCUGGUUUUAGACGAGGCCACUGCUGCCAUUGACUUGGAGACCGAUGACCUGAUCCAGGGCACCAUCCGUACCCAGUUUGAAGAGUGCACUGUUCUAACCAUUGCCCACCGGCUCAACACAAUCAUGGAUUACAACAGGGUCCUGGUCUUGGACAAAGGGGUAGUAGCUGAAUUUGACUCUCCAAGCAACCUCAUCGCAGCUGGAGGCAUCUUCUAUGGGAUGGCCAAAGAUGCAGGACUCGUGUAGGAUGCAUUCCAAGGGUUUCUUCCUUGUCUGAAUUGACAGCAAGUAUCUGCAGAAUGGACUUGAUGGCAAAGAGUGGGGGCAUUUGUGAGAUUAUUAUUAUUUUAUUAUUAUUAUUCGGCAAAUUGCCUCACAGACUAACCAUACUUAAUACCAGAAUGAGGAAGUGAGUUGAAGUCGAGUUCAAAGACAAGUUCAGACCAGUGCCUGUGUCUCCUGGUCCUACUAUACCAUUAUUUCCAUACUGCAGUUUUUAAGAGACCUCAGCCCUCGCUACAGUUUCAUAUUUUCCACUUUUUUUUUUUUUUUUAAACAAAUCUUCCUCCUUCUGGGCCAGGGACUGCUAGGUCAGGCUGUCCCAGGAACCGAGUGCCUGUAUUGUGCUGUCUGAAUCCACUUCAGACAGGAUACUGAUGAAAUAAAGCUGUGUGUUCAACAGCAUA